GCUCGCGGCCGCUGUGCAGUCGCUAUGGAGACCCGGCAGGUGCUGCCGGCCCGUUUGUUGCACCGGGGGCCCGACACAAGGAGCCGGGCGGGAGCGGGCAGGGGCCGGCGCAGCUGCGGGACCCUGGCGGGGGCGGCCGCAGGUUUGCUGACAAAUGGAAAAAAGCUACAUUUCUAAAGUGUGUCAUGAUAGCGGUGAUAACUCAGAAAAGGAAUAUCAUGGAAAGAGAGACCUGUCUGCACCUGGUUCAGCAAAAUACAUUAGGAAAGCUGUUGAAAACAUUUUGACUCUUCCUUCAAAAACUCUGGAUUUGAGUGAAAAAAAAAUCCAACAUCUCACUGAGGAUAUAUAUAGAUUACCCGAUCUACAACAUUUGCAUCUGGAAAGAAAUCAGUUGGCUGUAAUUCCUGAAGAUUUAUUUCAGAAGCUGCCAAAUCUUGUUUGGCUGGAUCUCCGGGAUAACAAAAUUAAAACUCUCCCCCCUGGAAUUGGAUGUCACAAGCAGUUGACAACUUUACUUUUAGAAGGAAAUCCUAUAAAAAGAUUGCCUGUGGAGCUUGGUAACUUAACCUCAUUGAAAGCCUUGAAUCUAAGGCAUUGUCCCCUGGAGUUUCCACCCAAAGAUAUUGUACAGAAGGGACUCCAGUCCAUUCUCUGCUUUCUCCGAAACGCUGGGAAUGGAAAUGCAGAAUCAGUUACUCUAGUAGAAAUACCACCUGUUGAAAAACUAAACUUAACGGAGCUGCUGGAGCCCAGUUUGGAUUUAUCAGAUGAGUGGCCUAAUGAAGAAGAAAGACUGCGAUUUCAGAAACUCAGGGAGGAAAUUAUAAAAGAUGAGCAGGAAGAAUUUCUUGCAGACCGAGAUUUAAGCCCUAAAGCCACAACACAGAAAUUUACUGAACUGGGGAAAGGGAACGGAAUAAAGGAAAGACUAUACUACAAAUCAACAAGUCUUUCCAGGAAAAAAUCCAUGCAGAAGAAUGUAUUUCCUGAGUUUUCAUCCCUCGAUAAGAAGAUACAGACAAAGCGAGCUGAAGAGUGCAGAUUGGCAGCACAGAAGCAGAUGAAAGAGAAACUGGCUUUAAUUGAACAGCAAAGAAAAGAUAAAGAAAUGCUUCAAGAAUGGAGAAACCAAACUAAAUUGAUGAAGGAAAAAAAAGAAGUUCAGUUCAAGUUUUCAACUGAAAAUGCAGACAUGAUAUCAAAAGGUGCACCAUAUGCUACAGAUGGAUAUGAAAAACAAAAGGAACCUACACUUGAAAAAAGUGAACAAAUGAAACUGUUAAAAUUAAAUGCAGAUCCUGAAGGUAUAAGAGCAUCCAGAGAAAAGAAAGUGAAACAGUGCAUCAAAUGGCAUAUACAAAUGAUGAAAACAAGAAAAAACUCAGAAGGGACACCCUUGGAAGUAAUGCAGAGAGCAAAACAAGACAUUGAAACUGUGGAAAAACUACAGGCUGAGCUAGCACAAAUAAAACAAGAACUUCUUCAGGAGUAUCGUUUCACUGCCUUCACAGGAGAACCUGUUUCUGAUUCACCAAGAAUGCAGCCUCGUAAUAUCUUUUUCAACAUGAAAUUUUAAUUGCCUGAAAUUCUUACAAGAAUACUAGUCAUGCAGUGUCCACCAUUAGAAGACAACUGUAUUGAAGCAUGAUUUAAAGUGUUCCUUUUAUUUCUUCUCCUUGUUGAUUGGAUUUAACAAAGUUAAAGCUAGCAUGAUACACCAUUCUAGAUUAUGCAGUCACUACGUAAUUUCAGUAGAUUUAUAAUCACAGGGUUGUAAAGUGUUAUGUUGUGUUUCUUUUAUUGAAUCUUUUUGUUCUUAGGGCCUCAUUCAUCAGAAUUCAACUAAAACCUAAAAUUGAAAUAUGCUUUAAUGGAAGUUUUGCUUAGCUAGUAACUUCAGAAUUUUCCCCUUACAGGAACACUGUCUAUACACAGUGCUAGGUAGAUUAAUAAUAGAAGAAAAAAUACAUGUUCAGCUAUGCACUGUAUAUUAAGGUCAUAGUCAUAAUAGAGCAGUGGUUCUCAACUUUUUUUUGUACCAGGACCCAUUUGUAAACAAUGCUAUGGCCAGUCCCAACCUAGCAAAUAGUUUAAGUAGAAAACACACAAGUAUUUGGGCACCAAGAUACUUAUCACACACUACAAGUUAAAGCAACUGAACAGUCUUAAUUUAAAAGAUGGAACUCAACAUCAACAGGAAAACAUUAACAGCAAUAUCAGCUUGUGGCCCUCCAUUACUUCCAAAUGACUUUCAUCGCUGUACAAUUUGCACAGUGCAAAUUGCCAGUGCCCCUCACUCCCGACUUGCAGCCCCCUGGCCCUGCCGGUGCCCCUCAGUCCCAACCCAUAGUCCCCCAUCCCUUCCCAGAUCUGCCGGUGCCCUUCACUCAACUCACAACCCCUGGCCCUGCUUGUGCCUCUCAGUCCCAACCCACAGCUCCCCACCUCCCAGCCCUGCUGGUGCCCCUCACUCCUGACCCACUGCCUCUCCCCAGUGUGCAGGGCAGGGAGUGGGUGUGUAUAGGGCACACGCCCCCCCACAUUAGUGCCUAACAGGCAACCCAAGCCCUGUUGCCAGGAAGCAGAGCGGACCCUUUAAAUCCAGAACCUUCUGGGUGCAUCUGUCCAGUUGAGCAGGGGUUAAGGAUUGAGCCCUGCCAGCUGGUCAGGUGACAGGAAGGGAAAGGCCAGAACCAUGUAAACCGCAAGUGGAGAAGGCCAGCAGGGCAGCAGAGAGGGAGAUUCCUGAUGACUACAGAGCAGCUGUGGCAGCUUCCUUGGGAAGAAUGUGCCACGCUGUGAGACAGAAGCACAAUCACAUGUAAACAGGCAGUUUGCCUCUCUUAUUUUUAUUUUCGUUAUAUGGCCAUAGGGGCUUAUGGUUUAUGUUUAAUGUUAAUGCUGGUGGUUUGUAGCUGAGGCUGUAGGGGAGGAAGAGGCCUCAUUAGCACUGAGGGGUGCCAUGAUAGAGGGCUCAAGAAGUCCUGCUGCACUAGGGGUGCAUCACUAGGGUCCAUGAGCCCAGAGUCGCUUGAAGGGAAGAUAGGAGCCUUGAAGCCAGGUCCUAGUAGGUGGACAUAGGCAAACAGCCCUAACUACAGAAAGGGGGGCAAACCCAGAGGGGGUAAGGCCCCAACAGCCUGGCACCACGGGCACAGUGUAGAAGGGCCAGUAGGCCGGGUGUCAUGGAGAGUAUGAAACAAGCCUGAGUGGGCUAGAGAGCUAGAGCUUCCAAGUCAAGCCCUGCUUAGUGGGUUUUGAUUGACAGGCCUAGCUAGAGAGGGGGAAGGUGGGGGGUAAGCCCACAGUGGCUGAAACCCCAACAUAAAGCUAAAAUUAUGAAACAUCUGCAAGGCAUGGGGCAUGUCAAGGGAAGGUAGGAGAGUGCAUUUUGCUCUUAAGGCAACAGCUCAUCAUCCUACAGGCAGUGAGCCUAGAGCCUGUCUGGGAACCUUUGGGUCAGCCUCCCUCUUUUUAAGAACCAAGUAACAUCAAGUCAUGGCAGGUGAGUAAAGUGGGGGGAAGCUGAUCCCCAGGGGAGGAAAAUACAGCAAGACUUAACGGGUACCCACUCACUGGCCUAUAAAAAAAAAAAAUGCAGCCAAAGAUAGCACCCUGUCACAGUGCCCCAUAGUGGGUAUGGGGCUGCAGCUUGGCAUGGGUAGGAGCUGCCUCCGCGGCCCAGCAGGUAGGACCUGGCACAAGAGGAUGGAGCAGGAAAGCAAGACUCGUUGCUGCUGUUACCACUGCCAGGACUCCGGCACCAGCCAUGCUGCCAGCAGCAUGAGGAGUAAAAGAUGAGGGAGAGGGGGCUGCGAUGUCCUCACCUCUUCCCACUGCUAGCUCUGCUCAGGCUACAGUUUUACCCUGCUGCCAUCGCCUGACCACUGCCACCACCACUCCCCUCAGGCUGUGGCUCUACCUUGAAGGGGUGGUGGGCAGUGCGGGUAGCCUGAGAGGAAUGGCAGCAGCCAGGUCACGGUGGUGGGGUAGAGCUGUGGCCUGGCGUGUGUGCAGCUCUGGGCAGGAAGUGGUGAGGGCAGCAUGGUCCCCCGCAUCAAUUACUCGAGCUGCUGGCAGCAUGGUUGGUGUGGGGAUCCUGGUGGCACAUGCAGCAGCAACAAGACUCACCACCACACUCUGUCCUCCCUCACCCUCUGGGCUGUGGAGGCAGAUCCUGUCCUCGCUGGUCCAGCUGGGCUGCAGCCCUGUGCCUAUGGCAGAUGCGCAAAUUUAGUGGGGCAUGUGCCCCCCUUCCCUCCCAACACAUUGUCUAUACGUCCCCCACCCCACUCCAGAGACCUACCUGCGGGGAGCUGCAGGAGUUGCUUUCCAUGCUUCCUAGCUGCUUCGUGCAUAGAUUUCAUAGACAUUAGGGCUAGAAGGGACCUCGGAAGAUCAAGUCCAGACCCCUGCCCAAAGGGCAGGAAGUCAGCAGGGGUCAUCUGAUCCCAGCAAGAGACAUCCAAAUGUCUCUUGAAGGCGUUCAAGGUAGGCGCUUCAACUACCUCCGGCGGCAGUCUAUUCCAAACCUGGGGGUCUUGGACAGUAAAGAAGUUCUUCGUUAUGUCCAGCCUGAAACGGUCACGGAGGAGUUUGCAACCAUUCAAUCUUGUCAUCACUUGGGGCGCUCUGGUGAACAGAUAUUCCCCCAGAUCCUUGUGAGCACCCCUGAUAAACUUAUAGGUGGCCAUCAGAUCCCCCCUGGGCCUGUGCUUUUCCAGGCUGAAGAGUCCCAUAGCCUCUCAUUGUAAGGUCUGUUUUCGUGACCUCUUAUCAUGUGCGUGGCUCUCCUCUGCACUGUCUCAUGCUUCUCCACAUCCUUUUUGAAUUAUGGAGCCCAGAACUGGAUGCAGUACUCCAGCUGCAGCCUCACCAAGGCCAAGUACAACGGGAGAAUGACAUCCUGGGAUUUGCUUGAGAAGCAUCUAUGGAUGCAAGCCAGUGUUUUGCUUACUUCACUAGCUGCAGCAUCACAUUGAAGGCUCAUGUUGAUCUUGUGGUCAGUCGUGACCCCCAAGUCCCUUUCGCCAGAAGUGCUAGCCAGCGUGGCACUGCCAAGCCUAUAAGCAUGCUGCAGGUUUUUCCUCCCAAGAUGGAGAACCUUGCAUAUUUCAGUGUUAAAUGCCAUUAGGUUCUCGUCUGCCCAUUUCUUGAGCCUGUCAAGGUCAACCUGGAUUGCCCUCCUGUCCUCAGGUGUGGCUGCUUUACCCUAAAGUUUGGUGUCAUCAGCAAACUUGGCCAGUCUGCUUCUGACACCAGUGUCCACAUCAUUAAUGAAGAUGUUGAACAAUAUAGGUCCAAGGACAGAGCCUUGGGGGACCCCACUGGUCACAGGGCACCACAGUGAUUGACUUCUGUCAACCACCACUCUCUGGGUCCAACCACAUAGCCAAUUCCCCAGCCAGCGGAUUGUGGAGAAGCCGAGGCUGCAGUUGGCCAGUUUUGCCAAGAGGUGAUCAUGGGAUACCAUAUCAAAGGCUUUUUUAAAGUCAAGAUAUACAACAUCAAUGUCUUCUCCCUUGUCCAGGUGACAGGUCACCUGGUCGUAAAAUAAGAUUGGUCAAGCAAGACCUACCUGCAACAAAUCUGUGCUGGCUAUCCCUCAGGAUUUUGCCAUCGGCCAGUCUGUUGAGAAUGUGCUUUUUGAUAAUCUUUUCCAGGACCUUCCCCGGGAUAAAGGUCAGACUGAUGGGCCUGUAGUUUGCUGGCUUCACUUUCUUCCCCUUCUUGAAGAUAGGCACCACAUUGGCCUUCUUCCAGUCUUCAGGUACUUCACCAGAGCACCAGGAGUUCUCGAAGAUCCGUGCCAGGGGCUGGGCUAUGAUGCUCGCCAGCUCCUUGAGUACCCUGGGGUGUAAGCUGUCAGGGCCAGCUGACUUGAAGAUAUCCAGCCUCUCAAGGUGUUCCUUCACAAGGUCAGCAUUGAUGGAGGGUAAAGAAUCUCCCUGACCCAGGACUUCCUGUCCUGUAAUGGGCAGGGGUGUCCCUUGGGACUGGUGAAAGACUGACACAAAGUACCCAUUUAGCAAGUUGGCUUUUUCAUGGGCAUCAGUUGUCAGAUGUCCCAUCUGGUUUAGCAGGGGUCCAAUGUUGCCCUUGCUUUUCCUCCGGCUCCCCACAUAUCUAAAAAGGACACACACAUGCACAUGAUGCCCCCUGACUGAUCAGCCUUCUGCUCCCCCCAACCCUAAGCAGCCCUUUGCAACUUAGAACUCUGCCAGCCUGCAAGGGGAAACCUGCAGUUUCCGAGGGUUUUCUCCUUUAAAGGAGAAAAUCCAUGAUUUUCUGCUUUUUUCCCCAUUUUUUCCAUGAUUGUUUAUGACCCUUUCAUACAUUAUUGCAACUCACUUUUGGGUCGUGACCCACAAGUUGCAAAAUGCUUUAUUAGACGAUUCAGUUAUUAAAGUUUCCAAACUCGUAAUAGAUAAAAUUUGUUAAAAUGAAGCUAUAUUAUCUAAAAUACUCCUCACAUACAAGAGGAUCUUAGGCACUGGAAAUAGAAUUAUUUUUUGCAAAAAGGUAUUUAAGUAUAUACCUUUUCCCCUUUCACUGAUGUGACCCCGUUCCUGUCUCCAACCUUAUGAUGGAGGGAGUGCAUCCUGUUUUCCAGGAAGGGGGUGGUGACAGCACCAAAGGUAACCAAUUGUAGCUGGAUGGAAUUUGCUGCUUGCUAGCCCAAGAAAGACAUCCAAACCUGUACUAAGUCAGUCAAGGAGCCAGUGAGGAAAGGAAGAGGACAAGUUUUGGGGAUAUACUGCUACUACUGGUGGCCUCCUGCUCUGUUUAUGAUUAGUGAGGAAACAGGACUAGAGAGAAGCCUCAUAAAAACCACUGAAAACAAGAAUGAGGAUCAGAGAAGCUGGAAGCCAAGAGCAAGACUGGGAGAGAAAAGCUGCUCCAAUAUAAAAUGUAAAUACAACAAUGUUAGAAGUAGGGAGGCAGAGAAAGAAAGGAGUAGGGCUGGCAGAUUAUAAAUCUAUUCCUUCCCCAACCUCUCAGGACUUGUUCCACUAGCACCCCAGCAAACUUCCCUUUGAAGCUCCUUUGUCCCUCUUCCCGAGGAAGAGAAGUAGGUGGCAAAUUCUCUCAGGCCUUUACAAAGUGUCUUCAGACAUGUCACCCUCCAUCUCCUGGGCAGCAUGAGCCCCUACAUUAUGUGGCUGUAGAGUGGAGUCACCUAGCAGAGAAAGAGGUACAGUCAAAGGUAAAAAUCCUUGAGCCUGUAUCACCCUUGUGUGCAUGGAAUUCCAUGCACCCUUGUGCAUGGAAUUACAUUGGCAUAAAACUGAAAUAAUGCAGCAGUGUAUCAAGGCUUUCUCUUCAAAGCAAAAAAAGCCAAUAAAAAUACCUCUGGUUGAAAACACUUUAAUGUCAUCAGAAACCAAGGUAGGAACAUUACGUGCGUUGUCUUACAUUAUUUCACUAUAUGCAGUGAAAAACAAGUCUUCCUUCCCAACCUGUUUUUGGCUGUUUCCCUCUGGCCCUCUUCUAUUUUUGAUCUCUGUGUGGUGUCACUUGUCUCCUGGCUGCACUCUAUGGGCACGCACGUGCCUCUUGCCCCAUCUCAAACCCCUUUGAGGUGGGGCAAAAGGCACAUGCGGGAAUGAAAAAAAUGUUCCCUGCACCGCAAGUUUGCAGUGCAGGGAGAAAAUUAGACCCCUGGAUAUCCAGGGGUCUAAAACAACUGCCCCGCAGAAGAGCGGAGCAAGGCAUGAUCCCAGACCCUCCCAGGGAGUCAGUCCUCAAAAAGAGACACUCUGGUAUCAACCAGAGUGUCUCUUUCAUUCUCUUGCUACCUUGGCCCCCAGCGCUAUCCAAAGUAAGUGGGGGGGGGGCGGGUUCAUGAGUGUGAGUGGGUAAGGGGUGGCAGGGGGAUGUUGGGGGGUUUGGGGAGUGGCAGGAGGGAUGUCCCUGGGACUGCAGGGUGUAUGGACCCAGCCCAGCCCCAUGCAGCUCACUAAUCUGGCUUUGCACCAGAGUGGGUCACAGGGCUCCAGGAGGUAUGCACAGGACCUGUGUCUCCUGGAGCCAUGUGACCUGUUCCGGUACAAAGCCAGACUAGCAAGCCACACGGGGCUGGCCCAGCAUGGCACCCAGACCGAGUCGGGCAGCAGGAGCAGCUAUCUGGGCGCGUGUGUGGUCCCCGCAUGCUGUGCUGGGUCCUGUCACCAAGGGCCCAGCCUGGCCAGGUGGCAGAGGGGCCCAAGGGUGGCAGGACCCAGCUGGGCCCGGCACACAGUCUUCACUUGCUGUGCUGGGUCCUGCCACUGUGGUCCAGCCUGGCCAAGUGGCAGAGAGGCCCUAGGACCUGGCUGGGCCCCGCACGCGGUCCCCAUGUCCUGCUCUGGGUCUUGUCACCAUGGCUUACCCCUGCCAGGCAGAGAGGCCCCAGGACUGGCGGGACCCAGGUGGGCCCAGCGCGCGGUCCCUGCAUGCCGCACUAGGUCCUGCUCCCAUGGCUCAGAGUGCCCCACUCCACUGCUGCUCUUAAAGGUAAGUUAUGGCCCCUGGGCUAUGGACCUCCAGGAGGGAUCUGGGACCCUGGGCGGGGAGCAUUCUAUGUGCUGUGGUGGGGGCUACACCCUAUGGGGGCCAGGGGAUCCACACCUCCUGAGCAGCCCCCCCUCAAGGUUCCCCACACCCAUAGUCCCCCCAGCAAAUCGCCCUACACCUACCCACACACCAACCCACAUCCCUCCACACACACCCCACCCACCUUCCACCACAACCCUUUCCACCCCUUUCCUGCAAACACCACAUCCCCCCAUCACACACCCAUCAUGUGCGAAGAAAAACAAAAGUAUACAUCAACGCAUAUAAGUAUUUAGAAUUUAUUUUAUCGUGAUGAUAGAGACACUGGUAGGCUUCCACAUUGCUUUAACUUUGUAAAUAUACCAAUAAAGCAUUGCCCAACUGA